GGACGGACGGACUGACGGCGAGCACCCUUCCCCGAGCCCCCGCGCCAUGGCAGAGAGGAAGCAAUCCGGGAAGCAGGCAGAGGACGAAGAGGUCCCUGCGUUUUUUAAAAACCUGGGGUCAGGCAGCCCCAAGCCCCGGCAGAAAUUCUGUGGCAUGUUCUGCCCGGUGGAAGGGUCCUCGGAGAACAAGACCAUCGACUUCGACUCGCUGUCGGUGGGCCGGGGCUCGGGGCAGGUGGUGGCUCAGCAGCGGGACGUCGCCCACUUGGGCCCGGACUCGCAGCCGCCGUACUCCCGGCAGGGCCGGCGCGCCGGCGGGGAGCCAUCUGUUGAAUCGGGGCGGAAGGUGGAGAUCCGGCGGGCCACGGGCAAGGAAGCCCUGCAGAACCUCAACGACCAGAGUGAUCGUCUCUUGAUCAAAGGAGGUAAAAUUGUUAAUGAUGACCAGUCCUUCUAUGCUGACAUAUACAUGGAAGAUGGGUUGAUCAAGCAAAUAGGAGAAAACCUGAUUGUGCCAGGAGGGGUGAAGACGAUCGAAGCCCAUUCGAGGAUGGUGAUUCCUGGAGGAAUCGAUGUCCACACGCGUUUCCAGAUGCCCGACCAGGGCAUGACCUCCGCUGACGACUUCUUCCAGGGGACCAAGGCAUCCCUGGCCGGGGGAACCACCAUGAUCAUUGACCAUGUUGUUCCCGAGCCCGGAACAAGCCUGCUGGCCGCCUUUGAUCAGUGGAGGGAAUGGGCCGACAGCAAGUCCUGCUGUGACUACUCUCUGCACGUGGACAUCACCGAGUGGCACAAGGGCAUCCAGGAGGAGAUGGAAGCCCUGGUGAAGGACCACGGGGUAAAUUCCUUCCUCGUGUACAUGGCUUUCAAAGAUCGCUUCCAGCUAACAGAUUCCCAGAUAUAUGAAGUACUGAGCGUGAUCCGGGAUAUUGGUGCAGUUGCUCAAGUUCACGCAGAAAAUGGCGACAUCAUUGCAGAGGAACAGCAGAGGAUCCUGGACUUGGGCAUCACGGGCCCCGAGGGACAUGUGCUGAGCCGGCCUGAGGAGGUUGAGGCUGAAGCUGUGAACCGUUCGAUCACCAUUGCCAAUCAGACCAACUGCCCGCUGUAUGUCACUAAGGUGAUGAGCAAGAGUGCCGCGGAAGUCAUUGCCCAGGCCCGGAAGAAGGGAACUGUGGUGUAUGGCGAGCCCAUCACCGCCAGCUUGGGAACUGAUGGCUCCCACUACUGGAGCAAGAACUGGGCCAAGGCUGCAGCCUUCGUCACCUCUCCGCCCCUGAGCCCCGACCCAACCACUCCAGACUUCCUGAACUCCUUGCUGUCCUGUGGAGAUCUCCAGGUCACUGGCAGUGCCCAUUGUACUUUCAACACUGCCCAGAAAGCUGUAGGGAAGGAUAACUUCACCCUGAUUCCCGAGGGCACCAAUGGCACCGAGGAGCGGAUGUCCGUCAUCUGGGAUAAGGCUGUGGUCACUGGGAAGAUGGAUGAGAACCAGUUUGUGGCUGUGACCAGCACCAAUGCAGCCAAAAUCUUCAACCUUUACCCCCGGAAAGGCCGCAUUGCUGUGGGAUCCGAUGCUGACCUGGUCAUCUGGGAUCCAGACAGCGUUAAGACCAUCUCUGCCAAGACACACAACAGUGCUCUCGAGUAUAACAUCUUUGAAGGCAUGGAGUGCCGUGGCUCCCCGCUGGUGGUCAUCAGCCAGGGGAAGAUUGUCCUGGAGGACGGCACGCUCCAUGUCACAGAAGGCUCUGGGCGCUACAUUCCCCGGAAGCCCUUCCCUGAUUUUGUUUACAAGCGUAUCAAGGCAAGGAGCAGGCUGGCAGAGCUGAGAGGGGUUCCUCGUGGACUGUACGAUGGACCCGUGUGUGAGGUGUCGGUGACCCCCAAGACAGUCACUCCAGCCUCCUCGGCUAAGACGUCUCCUGCCAAGCAGCAGGCACCCCCUGUCAGGAACCUGCACCAGUCUGGAUUCAGCUUGUCUGGUGCGCAGAUCGAUGACAACAUCCCGCGCCGCACCACCCAGCGCAUCGUGGCUCCCCCUGGUGGCCGUGCCAACAUCACCAGCCUGGGCUAGAGGGCCUGGGCCUCUGCAUUCCACUUGGGGACGGGGGAUGGGACACCCGAGGACAUUCUGAGACGUUCUUCCUUUCUCUUUUUUUUUUAAGAGCCUGUGAUAGUUACUGUGGGGCAGCCAGUUCCUGGGGCUCCCUCGUGGGCCCCUCACUUAGUCCCUCACCCAGAAGUCACUGAUUUUGCUCACCCAGUUCCCUACACACCUAUGAAUAUCACAUCCAAGUAUAUCCACCAACCCCAUAAAUGGAACUGCAUCCAAAACUCAGACAUGCGAAACAAAGCAAAUCACAAAGAGGGUGUUUUUCAUCUCAAGACUUUGUUGUUCUUGUUAGCAUCUUCCUUUUAAUGGAGGAAGAUAAAGUGAAUUUCCCAGAGCUGCUUUUUUUUUUCUUUUGGAAUUAAAAUUUUUUUUUUCUUCUUGGGGUUGAGCAGGAGUGGGAGUUGGGGGGAGAUUUUUUUUUUUAAUACUAAAUUGGGAAGUCUAAUUCAAUAUUAAUACAAGGGGUUUGAACUGGACAUCCUAAUGAUGCAAUUACAUAAUCAUCCGGCUGAUUCAGGGCAGUUGGCAGCCUCAAAAUGUCCCUCCUGAGUGGCUCCAAAAUGUCCACAUCUCCAUUCCCUAGUCUUCUGGGUCAGCUGUUGAUAAAAGGCAUGUUUUCUUUUUGGCCUAGAUUUUGCUGCAGAUUCAAUCUUUUGAGGAUUCUCUUCUCCUCUUUUGUGUUCUCUCUCUCUAGCUUUUUCAUUCCUGAAUAUUUCCAAACGUAUGUCUCUUUCUCUGUGUUUCUUCCAGCCUUGUUGCUGAGACAGUGUUUUUCUCUCCUUCCCCAUUGUCUUUUCUAAUCACCUGAUCCGUCAUUUUACUGUUGUCACAAGAACCUGUCCUGAAGAAUUUGAGCUUUGCCAUUUCUACCAUAGUAAUAUGCUGUCUUAGUCCAUGCAACACCGGUGCUACCCACCCGCCAUCACAAGGACGUGCAUCUGAGUUGGAGACGCUUCCCCACUGCAGGGGCAGGCUGAGUUCACUUGCCCACACUGUCACACAUGGACCCAAAGUAGAACCUCAAACAGUGCUGAGAUGUUGAAGAAAUCUGAGGCUGCAGACCGUGAGAGCAUUUCCUCUGUGCAACGCUAACUGGCUAAAGAGACGAGCGAGUCUGUAAAUUGAGCCUCAUAACCCAAAGUGAGCCAACCAAGCUCAAGCCAACCAUCAGCUCAGAAGUGUUGAGUUAGGGGGAGUCUGACCCUGAGGGCCUCCCCUUUCCCUAUUUUGAGAUUUCAGAACACAUUGGGCCUUCUCACUUUGGGGAAGAAAACAUAUAUAUUUUUUUCUUGUCUAAUUAUUUUGAAAGAAAUAAUGCACUAUAGGGAGGCCUUAAUGCUUUAGAAAAUCCUUGGAAAAUUUGACUUAAAAUCCUAUAACUUUGCAAGCAGCAUAAUCUCUUUUGUGAAUGAUAUGUCAACUCGGAGCUUUCGUGGGGCAAAGAAUUAGCAAGCUGUGUUGCCACCUGUGGGCCACAGGCCACCUCCUGUCCCCAUCUCCUCCUCCCCUUGUCUCAGUGACUGUUUUCCACUAGCAGAGUCCUUUGUGCGCCACCCCUGUCUUGGCUGAUUUGUGUUGCAUUUCUUUCCAAAUGUGUUUACAGAUUCUCUUAAGCAAUGUUACAUUUACAGGCUUUUAUAAAACCAAAUCUGCUUUUGUAAAGUAUAACAUAAAAAAGUAGUCAUUACAUCGUUACACUUGUCUGUCCACACAUUUUGCCUUUGGGGUUUUAGUUGUUUUCUUUUUUGUUGUUGUUUAUUUGUUAUUUUAAAAGUAAAUUGCACUUUUAAAAAUAAUUGGUUGACUUAAUAUAUUUGCUUUUUUUUUUCUCACCUGUACUUAGAGGAAAUUUGAACAAGUUGGAAAAAAUUUUUGUUUCAAUUCUAAGAAACAUUUGCAGCUCUUUAGUAUUCACUUGUGUCUUCCUGUUUUUAUCCUGUACCAGGUCAUGGUAAUUUUGGUUAUUUUGAUUGUUUUCUUAAAACAAUUUGAAACCCGAAGAUUUCUGCCGGCUGUGUAAGCAUGUGUACCUGUUGGCUUGCUUUGUGUCUGUUAAAUGAAUGUCAUAUGUAAAUGCUAAAAUAAAUUGACAGUGUCUCAGAACUGAUUAACUGCAGUGACUUGAUGCUCUAAACAGUGUAGGAUUUAAUAAUAGAUGGUUUUUAAUCCUUGGAACUGUGAUUGUGACUCAUGAGUGGAGGAACUUACAGUGCUAAAGCUGAUAAUGUGUGUAGCAGAAGAGUACUUUUUUUUGUAACCACUGUCUUAAUAGCAAAAUAAUUAUGGUAAAAAACAAGUCUUGUGUUUAUUAUUCCUGAAGAACUCUGUGUUAUAUUACCAUGGAACGCCUAAUAAAGCAAAAUGUGGUUGUUUCA